AUAUAUAUAUAUAUGGGGAAGCUGAUAGUGGGGGGAACAAUUUGUGUUCGAGAAAAAUGGCAAAGAGCAAGGAUGAUAUAAAGUAUGGAACUGCACAGGCAAGGCUAUCAGAGGAUGAAGCAGUGAGGGUCGCUUACAAGCAUGGAACUCCUCUUGAAGGAGGGAAAGUAGCUGAUUCUGAACCUGUUGAUUUAUUCUCAAGUGCUCACAGUAUUUCAAAGGCUAGUACUCAUCAACAGGAUCAGCCUGCAGAUUCUUCCACUACUAAUCAAUCUCAGCAGCAUCAUGAGCCUCACAUGGAUGAAGGAGAAGGAGGAGGUAGGGAGUCCAAUACGAGAAGUGCUAAAUUCCCCAACAAAUCCCCACCUUCUCUUAACACUAAAUACGUCUAGGGAAACUCAAGUACUAAAUGCCUCUAAAGAGUUGUAAUUUUGCUUUACUUUCUUUUUGCCUUUCCUGUCUUUCUUCUCUUCCCCACUGCUUGUUUGGGGCGUAGAUUUUGAUAUAAUGAAGGCCCAUGUUGCCAAUGUUUAAAAUAAGUUUCUAUUUUCCUUUUCA